UUCUUCAUGUUGUAAAAAUUCUGGAUAAAAUGCUUGGCUACUUUAAAGUUCUAGACCUGGAAGGCCUCCUAAGAGGACUCAAAGUGUCACCUCCCCAGAGAAUUCUCAUAUCAUGCCACAUUCUGUCCCAGGCCUAAUGUCUCCUGGAAUCAUCCCGCCAACAGGCCUGACAGCAGCAGCUGCAGCGGCAGCAGCUGCCACCAAUGCCGCCAUAGCAGAAGCAAUGAAAGUGAAAAAAAUUAAAUUGGAAGCUAUGUCCAACUAUCAUGCAAAUAAUAACCAGCAUGGAGCAGACUCUGAAAAUGGAGAUCUGAAUUCAAGUGUCGGCAGCAGUGAUGGUUCUUGGGAUAAAGAAAAACUUCAGUCUCCCCCCACCCAAGGAUCACAGGCCUCUGUUAACCACCCCAACUUGCCUGGACAGCAUAAUGUUCCAGUUAGCCAUCCUCUCAACCCUCUUCAACAGAACCACCUUCUGCCAAAUGGAUUGGAACUUCCUUUUAUGAUGAUGCCCCACCCAUUAAUUCCUGUGAGCCUACCUCCAGCCUCUGUCACGAUGGCGAUGAGCCAGAUGAAUCACCUUAGUACCAUUGCUAACAUGGCGGCAGCAGCACAAGUGCAGAGUCCUCCAUCCAGAGUUGAGACAUCUGUUAUUAAGGAACGUGUUCCAGAUAGCCCUUCUCCUGCUCCUUCUCUUGAAGAGGGCCGAAGACCUGGCAGCCAUCCAUCCUCUCAUCGAAGCAGCAGUGUGUCCAGCUCUCCUGCACGGACCGAGAGCUCUUCAGACAGAAUCCCAGCUGUCCAUCAGAAUGGGCUAUCUAUGAACCAGAUGCUGAUGGGUUUGUCACCUAAUGUCCUGCCUGGACCUAAGGAGGGUGAUCUGGCUGGUCAUGACGUGGGACAUGAGACAAAAAGAAUACACAUUGAGAAAGAUGAGACCCCGCUCUCCACACCAACCGCAAGAGACAGCCUUGACAAACUUUCUCUAACUGGGCAUGGGCAACCACUACCUCCGGGUUUUCCAUCUCCUUUUCUAUUCCCUGAUGGAUUGUCCUCCAUAGAGACCCUUCUGACUAACAUCCAGGGCCUACUAAAGGUUGCUAUAGACAAUGCCAGAGCUCAAGAGAAACAGGUCCAACUGGAAAAGACAGAGCUGAAGAUGGAGCUCUUCAGGGAACGAGAAUUGAGGGAAACACUUGAAAAACAGUUGGCUGUGGAGCAGAAGAACAGAGCAAUAAUUCAGAAAAGGCUAAAGAAGGAAAAGAAAGCAAAGAGGAAAUUGCAGGAAGCACUUGAAUUUGAGACUAAACGACGGGAGCAAGCGGAACAGACACUGAAACAGGCAGCUUCAACAGAUAGUCUCAGGGUCCUAAAUGACUCUCUGACCCCAGAGAUAGAAGCUGACCGCAGCGGGGGCAGAACAGAUGCUGAAAGGACAAUACAAGAUGGAAGACUUUAUUUGAAAACUACUGUCAUGUACUGAGUUUUUCCUGCUGAAGAUACCUGUGCUACAGUAAAGAACUUUGCAGUAAGACAUUGGCUCAUAAGGAGUUCUGUGGAAACAAAGCAUUUUCAAGGCAACUUCCUCAACUUCAUUUUUCAAUGUUCUUCAAAAAUGUAAAGAAUUCUGCAAGAGUGUCCUCCUUUGAUUAUCUCCUGUGGCUCGAUGGAGACCUAGAGAAUGUUUGUAAAUGUACAGUAGCACUCUUCUUACAGUGAAAAUCUGCAUCUCUGCGCCGGACUAUUGUAACCAAAAUUACAGGCGGGUCAGAACAAGGCUGAGUAUUCCCUUUUUCAAGGAAUGCAGACUCUGUCCUCCUCUGAUGAUUCUAUAUUUGAGCACAUCAAAUGAUCCUUCCAGCAGUGUCCAAGUACACUUACAGACUGUUAUAUCAUACCGAAACCAGCAAGACAGCUCAGAAGUGAACUUAUAGAGGGCAUAAGAGGAUUCUUAAUAAAAAAAAAGGAAAAAAAAAAAAAAGGUAAAAGAAAAAAAAAAU